AUGAACAAGACAACAACAACAACAACAGUGGCAAGUACAAGAGAUGAUGUCAGUAUAAGUUUAUCAUUAGCACCAUAUGAAUUAAAUGUUUAUUUUGGUAUGUUCAUAUGGAUAACAGGUAAUAUUGGUUGUAUUGGAAACGCAAUAGUAUUUAAUUCACGAAUGUUCGCUAAUCAAGCAUAUGCAAGAUAUUUAUUUUGUCAAGCAAUUCAAGAUUUUAUAUAUUUUAAUUUUGUAUUCAUGUCGCGAGUAGUUCAAAAAGGUUUUCGGGUACCAUUAACAACAAAAUAUUUAGCAUUUUGUAGAAUUCGCCAAUUUUACACAUUUUGGGGAAAUCAAAUUUCAUUUAAUAGUUUUGUAUUUGCAACAAUGGAUCGGAUUUUAGCAACACAACGAUCAACAAAUUUACGAAACUGGAGUAAUCGUGUGACAUUAUCGUAUAAAAUGGUAGCAGAUGGAAAUUGUGGUCCGCCACCUGGUAUUUAUGCAACAUGGGAUGAAUGGUUUGAAAAUGCAACAUCAGCUGUGCUACCACCGAUAUUAAUGUUUCUAUUAGCAUUUCUUUUGAGACGAAGUGUUCAUCAUGUUAUCCAACGAAGAAUUCAACCAACAACAAAUCAAAAUAAAACAGUUCUAGAACAAAUGAGUUCGAAAUUAUCAUUAAUGUUAUUAUUACAAUGUAUAAUUGUUGUCAUAACACGUCAACGUAUAAAAUCAAAAGAGAUCGAUUCCAGUAAAUGGGACAUGGCAUCGACCAGUUCAACCAAUAAAGAGAAUGUACAACUUUCUCCGCUUCCUACAUGUAUAAACUGCAGCAAACCAGCCCAAGAACUUCGUCUACCAGUAUCUCGGGGUGUUAUUUUACAACCUGUGAAGAUUAGUAUAUCUUGCAUUGGAUCAAUUAUGAACAAAAUGCAAACGAAUUUACCCAUCAAUGGUUCAGAGCCCUUAUUCUGA